UUGGUGUUUUGCCUCCCUUCACUCGUGCAGGCCCUGGAUUCAGACAGGACCACGUACUCCGGGUUUAAGAGCUCCAUCAAGAGGAAGCUGAAGGCCGGGGCUCCGGUGGCAAGCAGCCCUGUUGUCACAAGGUGGCAGCAGCGACAUGCGGGAGGCCUCGCAGCAGUGCCGCGCCGGGCCCUUAGCUCAGAGCUUUGUGCCCUUCGCAGUGCCCCGCUCGUCGGCGCGCGCGGGAGGACUCCAGUGACAAAUCAGAUGCUUAAGAAACCCUCUAUCAUGAAAAGUGCUGUGACUCUAUCUAGCAGGCACACUGCAGCAGGCUUAGAAGGGCGAAAUGACAGGAAAACUGAAAUACGAAAAAAGCGGAAAUGUACUACUCAGCUUCUAAUGAUCCAAGAAACUGGAUAUAGCAUGGCAGAAAGUGACAUGAAAAUCUGUGAAAAUACCAGUUGCAUUUGGAAAGGAUGCCGAGAAGGGAUGCAGAAUGAGUUCAGAACUGUUACCAUCAUGAAGCCAUCAGUGACAUUGGAGCCAGAACUGAGGCUUCAUAUUACUGGCUUGCGCAAUGAUUACUAUCUAAACAUACUGGACUGGAACCUUGAAAAUCUCAUUGCUGUAGCUCUAGGAUCUGCUGCAUACAUUUGGAAUGGAAGAACUCUUCAAGGCAUUGAAAGCAUUGAAUUAAAUUCCAGUUCCAAAUACAUUUCAUCUCUAGCUUGGAUAAAAGAAGGAACUUGCCUUGCUGUUGGCACUAGUGAUGGAGAAGUGCAACUGUGGGACAUUGAAAGGAAAAGGAGGUUGAGAAGUAUGUUUGGCCACCUGUCUGUAGUUGGAGCUCUGAGCUGGAAUCAUUAUAUUCUGAGCAGUGGUUCAAGACUAGGAUCUAUUCAUCACCAUGAUGUUCGAGUGGCUCAGCACCACAUUGGUACUCUUUGCCAAAACAAACAAAGCAUUUGCAGCCUCAAAUGGUCAUUAACCAAUCAGUUACUCGCAAGUGGGUCUAGUGAUGGUACAGUGAAUAUCUGGCAUAGUGAUCCUGGUGUGAAUGUGAAGUCACAGCCACUGAAAACCAUACCUCAUUCUUCAGCAGUUAAGGCUAUGAACUGGUGUCCUUGGCAGUCCAAUGUCCUUGCUACAGGGGGUGGAAUGAAAGAUGGGAUUUUGCGUGUCUGGGACAUAAACCAUGAGAAACUCCUCCAAAGUGCAGCUACAGAUUCUCAGAUUUGUUCAUUGCUCUGGUUACCCAAAACCAGUGAACUGAUGACUGGACAAGGACUUCCUGAAAAUCAGAUAAAAAUAUGGCAGCAUCCAGCACUUAUCAGUUCCUCAGAACUCUAUGGUCAUAAGGGGAGAGUCCUGCAUAUGGCCUUGAGCCCAGAUCAGAGGAGGCUCUUUUCGGUUGCUGCUGAUGGUAUAGCUUGUCUGUGGAAAUGCCAUGAGUAUGAAGAGAGCAAUGAAAAAAAAUAAGAUUUUUUUUUUCUAAUGAUUAUUAGAGCUCAUUCUUGUGACUUAUUUUUCUUGAAAGCAAAUGAUUUCAUGUAUUCCACUCAUUCAGUAAUUCAAAAUAUGUGUAAUCCUUCCAACUGAAACAUGGCAAAAGAUAGUGUCAUUUUUUCAAGAGUAAAGCAAUUUUCCCCAUUAGUCCAUCAUAUGAAAUGCUAGUAGCUUGUCUUACUUAGCCUAGUGGGAAAAAAAAAUUCUAACUCUGAACAAUAGCAUCAUAUUUGUUUUCAUUAAACUAGCAAGCAUGGGUGGAAUCUACCCCACACCAACAUAAGGUCUUAGGUCCUGCUUUAGCUAUGAUCCUUGUAAUUUUACAUGGUCUGAGCAUCUGUAUUAGCAUCCAUGUGCCAGGCUGCUUAAAUUGGAUGGAAUCAGUGAAGGGCUGGGAUCAGCAGAUACCAGUCCAAGGGACUGGAUUGUUCCAUAUUUCACAUAGCCCAUAGUAUAGAAUCUGCCUACAUUUCUAGUGAUCUUAGCAAAAUAUAUAAUGCUAAAUACAAAGAAAUGAUUUCUUGACAAUUCUUUAUAAUUUUUGUAAUAGCAAUGAUAAUUAACUUUACUAGCUAAGUAAUCUGUAUUGGAUUUAGAAUUUUUUCCUUAUAUCCACCUACUGUGUUUGUCAGAUGUUUGGAAAUAAAAAUAACUGCAUAAUAA